AGCGUGCUUUUUGAGGAGACGCCAACGUCCCGCACGCUGCCUGCAAAUGAUAGCGAAAGCAGCGGCAGCGGAAGCGAUAGUGAUGAUGAGGACGAUGUGGCUAGCAGUAGUUGCAAGACUGCAGCCCCUCCCCGGCAAGGGGAGCAGUUUAGUCCGAGCGAGGCCGUAGAGGAUAGUCAAGGGAACGCGGCGAUUGGAGAUUCAGCUGAGUUGAAUGAGGGGGAGCCUAUGGUAGUUGGCGCAGCACCUGAGGCACCUGAGGAGGAACCCACGGCUACUGGCGGUGCAGCCGAUUCCGCCAAAGGGAAGCCUAAGACUACCAGCGGGACCACUAAGGGGAAACCUAAAGCUGUCGCGCAGUCGGUAACCAUGUUCCCUUUCCUCGGCUUAGAGGUCGCCCUAGUGGCAAUGUUCGCGGGCAUCGUUAUGAUGCCAGCUAAACGUAGAGUUGGUGACCAAGUGGUAGAGCUACAGAAGGUGCAUGCAGACUUGCACGCGCAGUUGACCGCAAUCGAACAAGCCGAUGACUACCAGAAGGCCGCCUCCUUGCUGGCCUCUGACCCUCUAGCACGUUUAAACAAGAAGAAAUUUUCUACCGCGAUGGGCCACGCCUGGGAUACCUGCGUCUCCUUGAAGAGUCAAAUGGCGAGUGUCAGCGCGCACAUUGCUCAACUGGAGAUGACCAUGGAGCAGCCAGCUAUGAAGGUUCUCGUCUCCGAUAAGUCUGGUCGCGUCAUGGAGCGCCCAUUUAAGGACCUGGACUACGUCAACGAUGGCUGGGUCAACAAGUCGGGCAAGGAGCACAAGGCGCUCAAGCGGGAGAACCGGGAGCUGAACCAAAUUUAUCAUGCCCUUCAGAAGGUCAACCGCAACCUGGAGGACGAACGCGAGGCGCGCCGCGACGAGGCCCCACCGGAGCAGAUUGAGGAGUUGGAGAAGGCAACUAACGACGCCAUCACCGAGGGUGAGAACUUGCUCACGGACCUGAACACGCGGCUGCGUAAGGCUAUGUUGGUGGGUUGGGAAACCGUUGAGUCGUUGGACCUCCCUGACUGCUGCAAGUCCGAGGAGGAGCGUAGCAAGCUGUUGUCCGCGCACAAGCGUGUUGUUGCUGAGAAGGAGUGUGAGCGCAGGGGUAACAAGCCCUCGGCGCAGAAGCCGUUCGGUGCGGGU